CAAACAGGUAGACAGGUAGAGAGAGAGACACACACACACACUCUCUCUCACACACCGACAGAGCAGAGCAGAGGAGAGCAGAGGAGAGGAGAGGAGAGGAUGAAGCUCUAACUGGAUCUAUAGACAGUCUUUGGACGUUCCAGCAGCUCGUGGGAAACAGUGUGCACACUCACUCCCUCUAUAGUGUGCACUCUCUCUCUCUCAGGAUGAGUCGGCAGCGUGCGGACUCCCAGGAUUCCCUGGGGCCGGAUGAUGAGGAGAUGCCGUACAGUGAUGAUGAGACUGAUGAUGAGUUGCAGCAGGAUGAAGAUGUAGAUGAAGAGGCUCCGCCCACCGUCCCAGCAGCAGCCGGUCCUGAAGCUGGAUGGCAGGUCAAAGCGAACGACAGAGAUUUCUGCAAACUCCCAGAAUUCAAGAAGAAGUACUUCCUGUGUUUAAAGAAGAGUAAAUACUCUGGGAAUGCUAUCAAGACCUACAAGUACAACGUCCUGACCUUCCUCCCUCUGAACCUGUAUGAACAGUUUAAGAGAGCAGCCAACCUGUACUUUCUCGCCCUGCUCAUCUUACAGAUCAUCCCACAAAUCUCUACGCUACCCUGGUACACCACACUGGUGCCCCUGGUGUUGGUGCUUGGCAUCACUGCUAUCAAAGACUUGGUGGAUGACUUGGCUCGACACAGGAUGGAUAAAGAAAUCAACAACAGGAAGUGUGAGGUGCUUCUGGAUGGCAGGUUUCAGGAGACGAGGUGGAUGGACAUUCAGGUUGGGGACGUGGUCCGCCUGAAGAAAAACGACUUCAUUCCUGCUGAUAUUCUCUUACUGUCCUCCACUGAUCCGAACAGUCUGUGUUAUGUAGAGACCGCAGAGCUUGAUGGAGAGACUAAUCUGAAGUUUAAGAUGGGUCUGAAGGUCACUCACGAGAGCCUGCAGGAGGAGAGUCAGCUGGCCCGGUUUGAUGCUAUGAUUGUGUGUGAGGAGCCGAACAACAGGCUGGAUAAGUUUACGGGCACCAUGAACUGGAGGAGGGAUAAGUAUCCUCUGGACCUGGAUAACAUGCUGCUCCGAGGCUGCAAAGUCCGAAACACGGAGGAGUGCCGGGGACUGGUUAUAUUCGCAGGAGCUGACACUAAGAUUAUGAGGAAUGGUGGAAAGACCAGGUUCAAGCGCACCAAGAUAGACUACCUAAUGAACUACAUGGUGUACACUAUCUUUGUGAUGCUGAUCCUGGUGUGUGCCGGCCUGGCGAUUGGACACUCGUUUUGGUACGAACAGAUCGGCAGCAACGCCUGGUAUCUGUACGACGCCAAAAACCAGACGGCCUCCUACAGAGGCUUCCUCAGCUUCUGGGGCUACAUCAUCGUCCUCAACACCAUGGUGCCCAUCUCGCUUUACGUCAGUGUGGAGGUGAUUAGACUGGGUCAAAGUAAGUUUAUAAACUGGGAUCUGCAGAUGUAUUACUCUGAGAAAGACACUCCAGCUAAAGCUCGGACCACCACCCUGAACGAGCAGCUCGGCCAGAUCGAGUACAUCUUCUCUGACAAGACGGGAACUCUGACCCAGAACAUCAUGGCCUUUAAGAAGUGCACCAUCAGCGGACGCACCUACGGGGAUGCCAAGGCUACAGAUGGUGCACCACUGGAACAUGGGAAGCCUGUAGACUUCAGCUGGAACAAAUACGCCGACAGGAAGUUCAAGUUCCUCGAUAAUCACCUGAUUACCUGCAUACGCUCCAAAAAAGACGUGGAGAUGAUGGAGUUCUUCAAGCUGCUCUCUCUGUGCCACACCGUCAUGGUGGAGCAGAAGGAAGGUGAGCUGGUGUACCAGGCGGCGUCUCCAGAUGAGGGCGCUCUGGUCACGGCGGCGCGGUGUUUUGGAUUUGUGUUUCUGUCUCGUACUCAGGACACCAUCACCAUCAGUGAGAUGGGGACGGAGAAGACGUACGAGAUGCUGGCUCUGCUGGACUUUAACAGCGAUCGGAAACGCAUGUCCAUCAUCCUGAAGUGUCCUGAUGGUCGUAUAAGGCUGUACUGUAAGGGAGCCGAUACUGUGAUCUACCAGCGGCUCAGUCCGAACUCCAAACACAAAGAAACCACCCAGGAGGCUCUGGAUGGUUUUGCGAACGAGACGCUGCGGACGCUGUGUUUGUGUUAUAAAGAUAUCAGUGCAGCGGAGUACGCGGCGUGGGCUCAGAAACACAAGGAGGCCAGCGUGGCCAUGACUGACCGCGAUCAGGCGCUGGACCGGGUCUCCGAACUCAUCGAGACCAACCUGAUGCUGAUCGGAGCAACAGCCAUCGAAGACAAACUUCAGGACGGAGUUCCAGAAACCAUCGCUAAACUGGCCAAAGCCAACAUCAAGAUAUGGGUUCUGACUGGAGACAAGAAAGAAACUGCUGUGAACAUUGGAUACUCCUGUGAGCUGCUGACGGACGGCAUGAAGAUCCACUAUGGAGAGGAUGUGAACGGGAAACUGUCGGACAGGAUGACGAGGAGGAGGAAUGAACUGCGUAGAGACCGGAAUAAGAAAGUGACGGAGCCUUUUUUCACCGAACCCGGAAAAAACGCUCUCAUCAUCACCGGAGGCUGGCUGAAUGAGAUUCUGUGUGAGAAGAAGAAGAAGCGUCGGCGUUUGCGUUUGAGGCGUCUGGGGAAGCGCCCGCCCCCCUCCAACCCGCAGGACGGCCAGCCCAUGGACGACUGGGAGAAGGAGCUGAGGCAGCGGGACUUCGUGGACAUGGCCUGCGAGUGCAGCGCCGUCAUCUGCUGCCGCGUGACCCCCAAACAGAAGGCCAACGUGGUCAGCCUGGUGAAACGCUACAAGAAAGCAGUGACUCUGUCCAUCGGAGACGGAGCCAACGACGUCAACAUGAUCAAGACUGCAGAUAUCGGCGUGGGCAUCAGUGGGCAGGAGGGCAUGCAGGCGGUGAUGUCCAGCGACUACGCCUUCGCUCAGUUCCGUUACCUACAGCGCCUCCUGCUGGUGCACGGCCGCUGGUCCUACAUCCGCAUGUGCAAAUUCCUGCGUUACUUCUUCUACAAGAACUUCGCCUUCACCCUGGUUCACUUCUGGUUCUCCUUCUUUAAUGGAUACUCUGCUCAGACUGCGUAUGAAGACUGGUUCAUCACUCUUUACAACGUCCUCUACAGCAGCUUACCUGUGCUGCUCGUUGGGCUGCUGGAUCAGGACGUGAAUGAUAAACUGAGUUUGCGGUUUCCGAAGCUGUAUCUUCCGGGUCAGAAGGGGAGUCUGUUUAAUUACAAGAACUUCUUCAUCAGUCUGUUCCACGGCAUCUUCACCUCCCUCAUCAUCUUCUUCAUCCCGUACGGAGCGUUUCUGCAGACCAUGGGUCAGGACGGGGAGGCUCCCUCUGAUUACCAGUCCUUCGCUGUGGUCACCGCCUCCUCCCUCAUCAUCACCGUCAACCUACAGAUCUCUUUGGACACAUCCUAUUGGACGUUUGUGAACUGCUUCGCUGUGUUGGGCAGUAUAGCCAUUUACUUUGGCGUUAUGUUCGACAUACAGAGUGCAGGAAUACACGUCCUCUUCCCCUCCGCCUUCACCUUUACAGGUGUGGCUUCAAACGCUCUGCGGCAGCCCUACCUGUGGCUCACCAUCAUUCUCACCGUGGGCAUCAGCCUCCUGCCAGUCAUCUGCAUCCAGUUCCUCUCCAAAACCAUCUGGCCUUCUGUAGGAGACAAAGUUCAGAAAAACAAGAAGAAGUAUGAGUUGGAGGAGGAGGAGGAGGAGAAGAGGAGGAAGCCUCCAGCGUUUCAGCGUGGCGGACGCUCACGCCGCUCUGCGUAUGCCUUCUCUCACUCACGCGGAUACGCCGACCUCAUCGCCUCGGGCCGCAGCAUCCGGCAGAAACCGCGAGCGCGUCCUGAACUUCGGGAAAGCAUCCGGGAGGUUCCUCAGGCCGAGAACAUCUGAGACACGCCCGUGUUUCAACCAGCGAGACGGAGGAAGUGAUGUCAGAGGUGAUGGUGUCAUCACUGUGCUAUCUCUACAGAAGAACGAGUGGCGAGAACUUCCUGAACUUUUAUACUGUGGGUUAAAGGAGAACUACAGUGUGAAAUUGACUUUGCGUAUAAUAAAACAUGAUAAAAGUACUAAGCUUUGUUGAAUAGCUCACCUCCACUUUCCUGCAGCUUUCCGAGAUCCAGUCAUUUUGUGCAGUUAGUCCAAACAGGCUUUAGAAUGGGUUUAAAUGGGGCAUAUUUUUGCCCCUGCAGAUAAAUCGCGUUUUACACCAUUAUCCAGCUCAAAGUAGCUCCACACUGCAUUGGUAGAAUCUAGAGAGCUCUGACAUUUAAAACGAGGGAUUAAAAUCUUUAAGAGUGCAAAAGAAGCUUCUUGAAAAACACUGCUUGCAACCUGUAGUGUUGCUUUGUCUCCAGGCGCGGUCAUCUUAAAGUAUAGUCAUGAUCAGUAGAGUGACGAGGCACAAAGGUGAACCAUUUCGUCUUCUUUCUUUUUUUGUAGUUUUUAAUAAGCUUCCUGUGUAGUUUUAAAGUGCUUAAUACAUCACUUAAUACAUUUAAAUGUCAGGGCAAUCCAAUGUGGAAGAAAAAAGCUAUUUAUAUCUGCAGGAGCAAAAUACGCAUCAUUUAAACCCAUUCUAAAGCAUGUUUGGACAAACUGCACAUUGCAAUUGCUGGAUCUUGGAAAGCUGCAGGAGAGCCUUUAACAAAGCUUAGUACUCUUUAUCAUGUUUUUACUACACUAAAAUCAUUUUUACACCGGAGUUCUUUUCCUUUAAUGUGACGAAGGUUGGUUUCCUUAUGAUUUAAGACCAUUUUUAUUGGUCCGUUCACCAACACACACCGGGGGUUUAUCAGUGAUAGAUAAAUGAUAAUAGAGAUGAAAUGAGAUGUGGUUUGGUUUUGGUUUUAAAUCUACAAAAAAAAGAAAGAGAGAAGAAGUCAGUCCCGUUUCUUCACCUCCUUGUUUCUGCACUCGUUAUCCCUAAACACUGAGGUGUUUAAAAACUCCAGCAGCACUGCUGCACUGUCUGAUCCACUCACUCGUACAAUCAGCGCAACACACACACUAACACCACAUAAACCACCACCUCCACCAUGCUAAUCAGUGCUAAGAAUAAAAGUACUGAGAAUAAAAAUGACCCACCACCCAAAUAAUAAUAAAAAAAAAUAAAAAUAAUAAUAAUAGCUGCUCUGUGAGAUCAUGACCAUUCGAAGGUGGUUUUGCAGUUUUAUAAUUAUAGAAUUAAUAUUAUCUGGAGCUGAAAAUAUGGAUAACACAUCUAGGAACAAGGAGGUGGUCAUAAUGUUAUGAUUGAUUUGUGCAUUUUAGCACCACUGAUCCAGCAAAUCACCAAACUAGAGUCCAGAAAAGCUUUAGAAAAAAGUCAGGAGACUGUGUACUGGACUGUGGAGGAAGAACAGGCAGAUUGAGCCAAUAAGAAUAAAUUAUAUUAAAUAUAUAAUAAAUAUAUUUUAUGCCUAGGCUUAUAUAUAAAUAUGUAAAAAUGUAUGUGUGUGUUUACAGAAAGGGAAGCGAAUCAGACGUUCGUUCUUAUUGAAAUCUCACCACAAAUCACAAUUUUCACCACUCUCUCACUAAAACAAACAACAAAACUACACUUUAUUAUAAGCAGUGUGUGAUGAACUCUACGCCUCAGGAUAUUAUACAUAUAUUUAUUUUUUUAAAGGUGCAUUGUGUUGGAUUUCUCAUUUCAUUACGUUAAAACUAUGUUAAAAUAUUUUUUACAAUUACAAUUACAAUUUUUACUCCUUAUUUGGUAGUUUUGGAGGUUUUCUUUUGGUCCCUUCUGGAAAUGGAUCAACUAUGGAAGCAGUAUACAAGAUUAAUGAAUGCUUUUUCAAAUCCACUAUUACAUUAUAUUAUAUAUUAUCAUAUCCAGUAAAUUACAGUAUGUCUCUAUAAUCCAUAUAGUUUAAAGAAUUCACUCAUAUUUCAUUAUAUCAUUUAAGGUUAUUUUGGAGCCUUUCUAUUGGUUCUAUUGGUUCUUUUGGCAUCACUGGUCAGCAUGAGAUUCCAAAUAAUAUAGAAAUAAUUGAUUGGGGAUAGGUGUAUGGUAAAGGUGUAAAAUGAACAUUGUUGUUUUAUUCUAUAAACUAUAGACAACAUUUCUCCCAAAUUACAAAUAAAAAUAUUGUAAUUUAGAGCAUUUACUUACAGAAAAUGAGAAAUGACUGAAAUAACAAAAAAAAAGAUACAGAACUUUCAGACCUCAAAUAAUGCAAAGAAAACAAGUUCAUAUUCAUAAAGUUUAAGAGUUCAGAAAUAAUCAAUAUUUGGUGGAAUAAUCCUGGUUGGUUUUUAAUCAGUUUUUUUUUUCAUGCAUCUUGGCAUCAUGUUCUCCUCCACCAGUCUUACACACUGCUUUUGGGUACACCAGGUCAUAUCAUGUGAUUUAGUAUCUGUUAUAAUAAGUGGCUCCGGUUCGUCUCAGAUCACCUAUAGAACUGAUUUGAGUGACUGGUUUAAGUGUGUUUUGGGUUCACUUUUGCACUUUUAUGUGGUUAAUCAGGAUUAUCAUAAUCAGUGUGCGUGAAGUGAUUAGCAUCGUCAUGCACAAACCUUGUAUCUCCAUUUUUGAGAUGCUUUGCUAUUUUUAAUUUAUUGGCAUAAAGUGACUUGUAAUGAUUUCACGAUAAAGGGACCAAUAGAAAUGCUCCAAUGUAAUCUAUGCACAUUUUCUUCUAUUGAAAGUUAAGAUGUUGUUUUUUUCCUGGAGGUUUUUACCUGCAGUGACCUUUUCGUGAGAUUAAAUGAAGCAGAAAGCCCAUUAUUUAUUUAUUCCUACACAAUGCACCUUUAAUUCAGUCCACAUCCCAGCACGGGCUGCACCGAUUGGCUGUGGAGCUGUUGGGGAUGAGGAAGGAAGGAGUUUCUCCUGAGAUUGAGUGUCUUUAAUUUGAUGAAAUUUCAUCGGAUUGUUUAACUUGAUCUCUACGGUUCUGUUCACACCUGGCAUUAACGUGCGUCCGGGUCACCUGAUCUCUAACUAUUGUUUAAAUGUGUCGCCGUUCACACCUUUUGUUUUAAAUGCGUCUCCGGUGUCGGCUCGUGAUCAGAUUCCUGUUAAAAUAAUUCCUAUAUACGUCAUAAUUAGCCCACAUUGAAACAAGGCACCUAGUUUAGCUUGUGCUUAGACCUGUCACAAUAUGAAUGUUUUUGUGGACUAUAUAUUUUUAUCAUUUUAAAACCAUUAAAUGCCAUUAAAAUAAUAGUAAUAACAGAAUAUCAUAAAAAAUCAAUCAUACACUUUUAAAGACAUUAAAAAUUAAAUGAAUCAUCAAAUAAACACAAUAGACGAUGUCACGAUUAUCAAAUAUUAUUGAGGACGAUAAAUCGAUAAUGUAAUUAUUUGGACAGGCCUACUUGUGCUUUAUCCAGCAGUGCGUUAAUGCAGCAGGUUCAUCUAACCACCACGGAUGGUGGACGGUAUUUCAGUUUCCGAAUAAAAAUAUUUAAGUCAUUUAGAGCAUUUAUUUACAGAAAAUGAGAAAUGGCUGAAAUAACAAAAAAGAUGCAGAACUUUCAGACCUCAAAUAAUGCAAAGAAAACAAGUUUUAAGAGUUCAGAAAUAAUCAAUACAUAUAUCAGUUUUCCUGGCAUCAUGUUCUCCUCCACCAGUCUUACACACUGCUUUUGGAUAACUUUAUGCUGCUUUACUCCUGGUGCAAAAAUUCAAGCAGUUCAGUUUGGUGGUUUGAUGAUCUCUUAUCUAAUAUUUUUUUUCCAGAGCUGAAUUUCUUUUUUCUUUUUUUUUUUUAGGGAGGAUUAGGAUUGUGUGUGUGUGUGCGAGUGUGAGUGUGUACAAGCGAAUAUCAUGUAAUGUGUGUGUGUGUGUGUGUGUGUGUGUGGUUUGAAAGUGGUGAACUCAUGUUUACAGUAAUCCUGCUGCACCUUUUUGCACUUCCAUCCCCCUCUGUUUUUGUUUCUGGUGUUUUCAGACGUUCAGACCUCCUGAUUUUUCGUUUCUGUGAUUUGUGUCAUGGUUUUUCCUCUAAAGUUACAGAUAAAGAUCCGGUUUACUCUGAUCCCGUUCUCUGCAUAUAUACACCCUUUGGUAAAGGGGUUUAUCUCUCUGGUUUUAUGAAUCUAAACUGUUACAUAUUUAAACUAAACUCAAUCUGCCAUAUUGAAUAAUCUAUUAUGUGAAACUUGUUUGUAUUUUUUUAAUGUUGAUGUUUUUUCUGAACUGCUGAAUCACCAGCAGCACCCAGUGCCUUAUUCUCUAACAAAGAAAACUCUACUUUUUACAGAAUAUUGUACGUUUUUAAUGCACUGUAAUGUAAUAUACUUUGUAUAAAUAAAUAUAAAUAAAGAAUUAGAUGCAUA